CAAUGUUAUAUGCUUUGCCAAAUAGGCAGCUUUUAAGAUAAUAUAGAUAAAUAUACAUUAAGAUAAUACAUUAACCUAUUGGGGGCUAUUUUUGAACUAUUAAUAAUAUUAUAAUUCAUAUCAUUAGUUGUAACAUUUUAUAGAAAUUAACGGAUAUCAUUUAUAAUCUUACAAGGAUUCAUAACAAAAUAUAUGGAUAAUUUAUUCAUGUACAACUCCUUAUGGAUUUCUUAUUGUUAACAUCACCAUAAAAAUUGUUACAAUAACUAUUUUUAAUAAUUGUCUGUGAAGUAAUCUUCUAUGAAGCCUGUUCUGGGUUCUUCUGCUUCAAGCCUCAUGAGUGCAUCAAGUAGUGGAAGCACUGGUGGUGGACAGGCCUCAGCUGGUCAACACACUAUAGCGGCUACAAUUACAGCUGUGCAUAAAAUGGAUUCCGAAUUACGCUGCCCAUCUUGUAGGCGAUUUUUCCAAUGUCCUUUAUUGUUACCAUGUGGACAUUCCCUGUGCAAUUUAUGUGCAGCUGGAGCUCUACUUCCUGCUAGCGAACCAAGCAUAGCAGCAUCGAUUGCAGCAGCUCUACAAUUAACAACAGCUGAGACAUUUAGUCCUGCUAGUGGUCCCCCCCAAUCCUCAUCCUCGUCUUCAUCGACAACAGGAAGUAGUAUCGGUUGUCCCAGUACUUCUAACUCACAAGGAAACACACAAAUUAUGGGUUGUACUUCCAUCAUACCUUCAGAUUCUGAUCAAAUGAGUGUUGUUAGCGAAACAGAUUCUGGUGUAAUUGUUAGCAGUCGACCAGGUAGUUAUGUGGGAAGAUUGCCCGUUGUAAUAUGUUCAUCAACCUCAGGUUUAGGUCCGAGUCAAACCUACAGUAUCUCUUCAUCUUCAAUAAGUCUAGUAUCAAGUGGCUUAAUAUGUCCCAUAUGUAACCAUGUCGUUGGUCUUUUUGAUGAUAAGGGACUAAGUCAUCUCCCGAGAAACCGUGCUCUUGAACGAAUAAUAUCUAAAUUUGUAGGUCCUGAUCAGUCGCCUCAUUCAUUAAAAGUGAGUGCAGACUUGGAACCAUUUUUAUUAAACAAUAACACGGACCCAAUUAACAGACCAGGUGGACCACUUUGUCAGUUAUGUGAAGAACCUAAUAUUCCAACGGAAAAUCCAUCAUCUUCAGAAACCAAUAAGACUGAAACGACUGAACAAAAUUGUUUAGCAACAUUUUGGUGUGAACAAUGUGAAAUAUUUUAUUGUACACGAUGUCGUGAAAAGUGUCAUCCAGCUCGUGGACCAUUAAAUCGUCAUGCAUUACAUUCAGCAACUGAAGGUGUAGAAAUAAUUAGACAAAAACAACGUAAUCAACCUACACCAUGUAUGUCACAUUUAAAUAUAAUACCAAAUCUUUAUUGUGUUAACUGUCAUAUACCGGUGUGUAAUGAAUGCAUAAGUAAUAAUAAUUCACAAACAUUUGAAACACAUUCAAAGCAUGAAAUACUUCCAUUGAUUGGAGUCUGUAAAUCACGGAAAACUGAACUGUCUCAAUCACUUCAAGCACUAUCGGAAAGAGCUCGUUCAGCUACGGAGCACAUACAACGUUUAAGAUCAAAGUCAGAAACCGUUAACAGAAAUCUUGCAGAUUCAGAAAAAGAACUUGUUGAACAACUUAACACAUUGAUUACUGCAAUUGAAACAAAAAAACAAGAACUAACAGAACGUUUACGAGAUGAAAGAACUAAACGUAUUCAUUGUCUUAAGGAACAAAUUAAUCGUGUCACAUCAUUGUUAACUAAAUCAACUGGUCUUAUUCAAUUUUGUAUUGAAAUGCUUAAAGAAAGUGAUCCGUCAGCAUUUCUUUUGGUAUCUCAAUCCCUUAUUACACGAACUCAAAGUGCAGAACAAAAUUUUAUACAAGAACUUCAACAUACUUCAUUUACUAAUGAUAUUACUGGAUCGUUAUUAUCACUUGCUUUAUCAUCAAGUAAAGAUUAUUCACAUCAUUCACCUAAGAAAAAAACACUUAAAUCAAAUGAAGAGAUUUCUGGUAAAUACAACAAUGCUUCUGGUAAUGCUGGUGGAACAAGCACAUCUAAUCGAUUAAACAAGACAUUAGAUCUAUUAGGUGUGAAUAGUGUUGAUGGAAUACUUCGAGCAAUUUUAAAUUUAGGCUUAGAAGAAGAUCAAAAUACAAAAAGAUAUGAAUAUUUUCAACUUAUCAAUCAAAAAAUUAAUGAUGCUCCAGCCCCACCAGCGUUUCUAAUAGAAGAAUGCAUUUCAGAGCGUAAUGUUAUUACUCUUGUGUGGCAGCCCACAUCGUCUGUACCUAUUGAUCGUUAUACACUUGAAUUGGAUGAUGGAGCAGGUGGAACUUUCAGGAAAGUUUAUCGCGGUGUUGAAACAAUGUGCACUGUCGAAGGUUUACACUUUCGUUCCGUCUAUCGUGCUCGCGUUAAAGCACACAAUCAAGCUGGUGAAAGCCAAUACAGUGAACGAAUUUGUCUACAGACAUCAGAUUUUACUUGGUUUCAUUUGGAUAUUCAUACCUCCGUACCAGAAAUUUUACUUACAAAUGGAAAUCGAACUGUUACUAGUCAACUGUCUGAAGAUAGAGUAAUUCUUGGUUCAACUGGUUUAUCAAGAGGUGUACAUUAUUGGGAAUUCACUGUAGAUCGUUGUGAUCCUGGUGGACAACCUGCAUUUGGUAUAGCUAAAUAUGAUUGUAAUAAAGAAAUAAUGCUUGGUCUUGAUAUGAAAAGUUGGUCAAUUUAUUUUGAUUAUAAACGAAGUUGGUUUUUACAUAAUGGAGAACAUUUUGAACGAACUGAUGGUGGAAUACAUGCUGGUAGUGUAGUUGGUAUUCGAUUAGAUUGUAAUAGAGGCAGUUUAUCUUAUUAUUUAAAUGAUCAACCACAUGGUCCAAUUGCAUUUACUAAUUUACCAAGUGGGAUUUAUUAUCCAGCUGUCAGUUUAACAAGAGCUAUUCAACUCACUUUACAUUCUGGUUUAGAAGCUCCUAGUGAGAGUGAAGAAAGUGAUGAAGAUAGUUCUGGUGGUGGAACAGGAACUGAAACCACUUCUAUGGCAACCACUGUUUUAACCCUACCUUCUACACUACAAAGCAAAGGAUUAAGGCAAUGAAGUUAUUGUUAUGAAUUAUUAACUACAUAGUCUGUCUGCAAAAUUUUUUUCCGAAUAUUUACUUGUAAACAAACCAUAUGUAGCUCAAUGUUUCAAUCCAUUGGAAUAUUAUCUUCAAUCUAUCAAUUUGAAAAAAUAAAUUUAAAAUAACCAGCUCAUAUAAGAUGAAAUCUUGUAAUAUUUCUUCAAGUACAUUACAUCAUUUGAAUACAUUUUACAAAUAUAUAAUUGGCUUUGAAUAAGUAUCCAUGAGAACAUUGAAAUCUUAAUGUUCAUUUCACUUCUUAAAUAAUUUGAAUUUCAUAAAUAAUCUGAUUAUGAU